CUGAUAAUGGAGUUUGUUGACGAGCUCUGUUUAUUUUAGGGUUUUAAGGAAGAAGAGGAGGAGGAGGAGGAGGACAAGGAGGAAGGGGGAAGUGAAGCAAUUGAAUGGCGGUAGAGUAUCGAUGCUGCGAGACGGGUUUCUUUAUUCACAUAGUGGUGAUAUUCUUUCUGGUUAUGUUCGCUGGUUUGAUGUCCGGACUUACGUUGGGUCUUAUGUCAAUGAGUACUGUUGAUCUUGAAGUUCUUGCCAAGUCUGGUACCCCGAGGGAUCGGAAACAUGCCGCAAAGAUAUUGCCAGUUGUUAGGAAACAGCAUUUAUUGCUUUGUACCCUACUUAUUUGCAAUGCCGCUGCUAUGGAGACACUUCCCAUUUUUCUUGAUGGUUUGAUUUCUGCUUGGGGUGCUAUCCUGAUCUCAGUGACCUUGAUACUUCUGUUUGGUGAGAUUAUACCACAAUCUAUUUGUUCUCGGCACGGUUUGGCAAUUGGUGCAGCAGUGGCUCCAAUGGUUCGCGUACUUGUUUGGAUAUGCUUUCCCGUGGCUUAUCCAAUUAGCAAGCUACUAGACUUCCUGUUAGGGGAGACUCAUGUGGCUCUUUUCCGCAGAGCUGAGUUGAAAACUCUAGUUGAUCUGCAUGGUAAUGAGGCUGGGAAAGGUGGUGAGCUGACACGUGAUGAGACAACAAUCAUUGGCGGAGCACUUGAGCUCACUGAGAAAACAGCUAAAGAUGCCAUGACUCCAUUAUCGGAAACUUUUGCAAUUGAUAUCAAUGCCAAGCUUGACAGGGAUUUGAUGAAGUUAAUUUUGGAGAAAGGACAUAGCAGAGUACCUGUUUAUUAUGAGCAGCCUGUAAACAUAAUUGGUUUAAUUCUGGUGAAAAAUCUAUUAACCAUCCAUCCGUCAGAUAAAGUACCUGUUAAGAAUGUCACUAUCCGCAAGGUUCCAAAGGUUCCAGAGAACAUGCCUCUGUAUGAUAUCUUGAAUGAGUUUCAGAAAGGUCACAGUCACAUGGCUGUUGUCAUGCGGCAACUCGACAACAUGGUGGAGCAGCCAGCUGGCAAGAGCCCAACCACUACUCCAGGGACAGAGGUUAUUGUGGACAUUGAUGGUGAAAAACAUCCUCCAGAGAAAAAGAGCAAAAGAUUGCCACUCCAAAAGUGGAAAAGCUUUCCCACAAAUGCAAGUAAUUCAUUUAGGAGCACCUCAAGGAGUAAGAAGUGGGAAAGGGACAUAAAUGCAGAUGUCCUGCAGAUUGAUGACUACCCACUCCCUAAGCUCAAUGAGGAAGAGGAAGCUGUUGGCAUAAUAACAAUGGAAGAUGUCAUUGAAGAGCUUUUACAGGAGGAGAUAUAUGAUGAGACGGACUAUCAUCAUCAAGAUUCAUGACAUUAGCCUCACACUCUGUAAUCUGUAUAGUGCAGUUAGGUAACACAAAUUAUUUGUUAGAGACGUAAUGUUGAUAAA